GAGCACCGCGCAGCCAUGGAUCUACCAGCCGAGACUGGAAACCAGCGGAGGAUAGGCAAAAGUAACUCCGCGGUGAUCAACAAGAGAAGGGCGCCGGUGGACACGCUGUACGCCGUCGGUGUUUUCUUCCUCCAAGUUCUGUCCAUCCAGGCCGCCGCCAUCCAGUUCACCAAGGAGCCCAAGUCCCAGGAUGCUUUGCACGGCCGCAGCGCCAUGCUCCGCUGCGAGGUCAGCGAUCCGGCCGGCGUCCGUUACGGCUGGCUGCACGACGGCCAGACCCUGGAAAAUAACGAGAGGCGCUUCCAGGAGGGCAGCAACCUCAAGUUCACCGCCGUGGAUCGCAAGCUGGACGCCGGGAACUUCGAGUGCGUCGCCCACAACGCGGCCACAGGAGAGUCGCUCCAUUCCACCAACGCAUCCUUCAACAUCAAGUGGUUGGAAAGCGGGGGCGUGACUUUGAAGGAACCCGCGACAGAAGGGGAGAUCGAGAGCUCUGCACCGGUCACGUUGCGCUGCCAUAUUGAUGGACACCCGCGUCCGACAUGCCAGUGGUUUAAGGACGGGGUGAAGCUGACAGAGAAGAGCCACCAGAUCAACAACAAGGAGAGGACGCUCACCUUCAGGAGCGCCAGUCCAGACGAUAACGGCCUCUACUACUGCUGCGCCAAAAACGCCGCCGGCCACGUCUGCAGCAACAGCAACUUCACGCUCAACAUCAUAGACAAGAGUUUUCCGCGGCCAGUGGUCACCCCAGAGGACCAGGUGGUGUUGAGGAAUGAGGAGGCUGUAUUCCACUGCCAGUUCACCGCCGUGCCGCCGCCCACCUUGGAGUGGUACCACGAAAACGAGCUGCUGGCAAACAAGACUCGAGUGGUCCUGCUCUCCAACGGGACACUGGUGAUCACCCAGGUCAAGCCCAGGAACACAGGGGUCUACAAGUGUGUUGGCCGCGGCCCCCGAGGGCCCGACGUCACCCUGGAGGCCUCCCUCCUUAUAGCAGAGAUAGAAGACAUGGUGCCCAAGCUGUCGAAGGUCUUCACGGCCGACACCCUGCAGCGGGUCGCCUGUCGUCCCCCGCGAGGCCAACCGGAGCCGGAGGUCUGGUGGGAAAGAGGCGGCCAGCGAGUCCCCACGGAGGGCCGGGUCUACCAGGACGGCCUGGAUCUGGUGUUCAGCCCCACAGAGGAGGGGGACUCGGGCUCCUACACCUGUGUGGCCCAGAACAAGGCGGGCCGCAGGACCCAGGAGGUCACCUUCACCGUCGCCACUGCCCCAGUUUGGGUCACCAGGCCCCAGGACAGCCAGCUAGAGGAGGGUAAACCCGGUUACCUCCACUGUCAUGCUCAGGCCAACCCUGAACCUGAGGUCACCUGGUUUCGCAACAGCAUCCUCAUCACAUCAGAGGACUCUCGUUUCAAGCUGUUUCCCAACGGCACCCUGAGGAUCAACAGUGUGGAGGUGUACGACGGACAGAUGUACGGCUGCGAGACCAAGACGGUGGGCGGCCGACUGUCUGGACAAGCCAGAGUCUUUGUGCUUGAGAAACUGAAGUUCACCCCAACCCCCCAGGCGGCUCAGUGCCUGGAGCUGGAUAAAGACAUCACCAUCCAGUGCUCGGCCACCGGCAGAGAGAGCCCCACCAUCCGCUGGGCCAAAGCAGAGGGAGGAGAGCUGCCACCGCACGUGGAGCAGAGGAACGGCCAGCUCCACUUCACCAAAGUCACACGCAGCGACGCCGGCAACUACACCUGCAUCGCCUCCAACGGCCUGCAGGGGGAGAUCAGAGCCUAUGUCUCCCUCACUGUGGCAGUGUACAUCCACUUUAAACUGGAUCCGGAGAAUACGACGGUGUACCAGGGUCACACAGCCAUCCUGCACUGCCAGGCCACCGGCGACCCAGAGCCUCACAUCCACUGGAUGGUCAAAGACAAAGCGCUGGAAAGCAUCAAGAACAGGAGGUUCCAGAAGAUGCCCAAUGGCUCCCUGGUGAUAAGUGAUGUCACUACGGAUGACACAGGCAGGUAUACGUGUGUGGCCGGAAACAGCUGCAGCAUCAAAGACCGUGUGGCGCAGCUCUAUGUAGUGGAGAAACCGGUGCAGAAUAAUGGUGACGACGAAGAUAAAGCGCCCUAUAAGAUGAUCCAGACCAUCGGGCUGUCGGUGGGAGCAGCUGUGGCCUACAUUAUCAUCGUCCUGGGUCUCAUGUUCUACUGCAAGAAGAGACGCAACGCCAAAAGACUGCAGAAGGGCCAGGAGGGAGAGGAGCCCGAGAUGGAGUGUCUCAAUGGUGCAGCUGUGCAGCAAAAUGGCCACACCACUGCUGAGAUCCAGGAAGAGGUGGCGCUCACCAACAUGGGCACCGUGGCGGCAGAGAAACGCCACAGCCACGUCAACAACGACAAGCUCCAGUUUCCCAGAGCCAACUUGCAAACCAUCACCACUUUAGGUAAAGGGGAGUUUGGUGAAGUGCUGCUAGCCAAGGCUAAGAGCAUCGAGGAGGGCGAGGAGGAGACGGUGGUGCUGGUGAAGAGCCUCCAGACCAGAGACGAGCAGCUGCAGCUCGACUUCCGCCGCGAGGCUGAAAUGUUUGCCAAACUGAACCAUGCCAACGUUGUGCGCCUGUUGGGCCUGUGUAGGGAGGCAGAACCCCACUACACCAUCCUAGAAUACUACGACCUGGGAGACCUAAAGCAGUUCCUGAGAAUUUCCAAAAGCAAAGAUGAGAAAGUCAAGUCUCAGCCUAUCAGCACCAAGACCAAAGUUUCCAUCUGUGCCCAGGUGGCUCAGGGGAUGGAGCAUCUGUCUAAUCACCGCUUCGUUCACAAAGACCUAGCCGCCCGAAACUGCCUGAUCAACGGUCAGCGUCACGUCAAAGUGUCCGCACUCAGCCUCAGCAAGGACGUCUACAACAGUGAGUACUACCACUACAGACAGGCAUGGAUCCCCCUUCGUUGGCUCCCAGCAGAGUCCAUAUUUGAGGAUGACUUCUCCACUAAGUCUGAUGUGUGGGCUUUUGGUGUGUUGAUGUGGGAGGUUUUCAGCCUUGGGGAAAUGCCAUACACCAAGCUCAAUGAUGACGAGGUCCUGGAAGGUCUGCAGACAGGCAAGCUGAAGCUGCCUGUUCCAGAGGGAUGCCCCUCCAAAGUCUAUAAGCUUAUGGUCCGCUGCUGGGCACCCAGCCUCAAAGAGCGCCCCUCCUUCACUGACAUCGUCCACGCCCUGGGAGAGCUGCCCUCCGACAGCAAAGUCUGAGACCACAGUCCCACAACAGAGGCGAACUUAUAUAUAUAUCAAGCCGCCUCCCCCAAAAUAAAGACAGGAAUGCUGGACUAUUAGUCUCACACAUUUCAGGGAAGAGGGUUGAGGAGAAAACACUUUUUUAUAUGUAUUUCAAACAGUGGGUGUGUGUAAGAGGUGAAGACUUUUGCUAUACCAAUGGAAACACACUCGUGUUUGUGUGAAUGGCUUCUUGUGAGCAGUGCCAGGAGUUUACAUUUGCCUUAACCACAGCAUGGAUGACUCCCUCACUGUGGUUCCUCUGUGGCCCUGCCUGCCUGCCUGCAGCCCUCUCCCUCGCUCUCAGGGCUGCUCUCUCCCAGACACACUCUCCUUUGUGGAGUCCGACAGCCUCAGUGCCUCUGCCCCACCACCACCCACUCACCUGGACCUCCAACUGCUACAUAGAGAUGCUCGACUAAGCUCGCCGGCUCAGAUCAAUAGCUACUAUUGCUCUGAAGCCCCAUUGAAAUAUAGCAUCACUACUUUCAAACCUCCCUGGUGUGUUUUCUUUUAAAAUGGAGAAAAUAUCAAGGGGGACAAAGGAUUUUUUUUAUGACUUCAGUGUUUCUUUGAAGCUUCUAAAACAAUGUAUCACCACUUAAAGAGUGUGUCAAGUUACAACUGGCCUGCUUGAACUUCCUCCCCCAAGUUCCCCAACCUUUUCCUGGAGCAGACACUAAGCUUUUCUGUCCAGCAGGGGGCACUGUGUGCAAGACCCACCACCUGUACGCCACAACUUCCAGUGUGUUUGUGCCACCAAACUGCGCCUGUGAUUUGUUUAAAUGCCCAAUGAGGCAAACAUCAGGGUGGUUGGUAAGCACAAGUGGAAAAUGGUUUGCAUGAAGGUUUGUCGUCUGUUACGCUUGGCGAUUUGUGACGUGGGAGAACUUGUGAAGCAAUCAGUCUGUGCUACGGUAACACUUCAGGACAAAAGGAACGAUCAAGUUUAUAGCAAAGGAAUAUUUUGAGUGGAUGAGACUGUGCCAGUGUGGGCUUUCGUAUGUUUUUAUGAGUGUGCUCUGUUCUUGUAUUAACUUUGAGGUGCUUAAUUGGUCACUACCUAUGGGUAAUAACACCCAGUGUACCACAUCAACCUGCUCAAUCACCGUGUUGUCAGAAUUGCAGCGAUGCAGCCGACCACCGUUGUUCACCUGCAACAUGAUGUCUUCAGAGGUCCAAUCACAAUUCCCCUCCUUCCUCUAGGUGGUCCAGUUCUUUUGUGCAAUGUUGCAAAGUGGACCAUCCCACCAGGCAAUGUGUACAUAAUGUAGAAGCCAUGCACUAACUUCACUUAAAAAAAAAUAUCCCUGUUUAUCUCUUAUCAUGUUGUGUAGAAGGACAUGCAGGUGCCUGUUUAUUUAUGAUGAAGGUCCUGUCUUUUUUUAAUUUUUUACUGUGUUUAUAAUAGAAAGGUACUCCUCUGAUCACUUAAGGUAGUUACGCUGUGUAUACAGUCUCAUGGUCCAUCUCAGUGUGCAUUCAGUCAGGUAACCAGCUGAAUAUGUUAACACAAAGUACAAAGGAGGUCAAAAGAGUGACCACUGGUCACCAGUACUCAUUUAAGUGCCUGGUAAAAGAAAUGAAGGAUUAUCUUAACUGUUUCCCUUUUUUUUUUUUUUUUUUUUUUUUUUUUACAAUAUCUAAUCAAAUGCAAUGGCCUUUGUUGUUUAUGAACUUGUUUUUAUACACAUUGUUUUUAGUGUAAUGUUUUUUUUCUAUGAAUGCUAUAGGCACUCACAACUAGACCUCUUUUUUUUAAUCCGCUUCAGCAAAUGUUCACAGUAAUCACAAGUAUAUACAAAAAAAAAAAAUAUACAUGCUGCUGUCAAUAAAGGUUUCACAG